ACUCAGAAUGAUGGAGGACUUCCUGGUUGAAAGCUUACAAAAGAAACCUCUAUUCUACUGCCACCUUAAAAGCUUGACUGUCACAAUGCUUGAGAAUGGAUGAACGUUAAUUUCUUCUCAAGUCAAGGAGUUCUUAAUCCAAAAGGUAUCAUGGCUGAUGCCGUUAUAUCAUGGUUGACUCAGUCCCGGGGUGCAAACCACAGUCCCUUGGAAUGAAGUACAGGCUCAAGGCGCCAAAACUGAUAACAGAAAUUCAGCAAAGAACUGUUGCUGCAGUCUCAACGACAGUGAAAGAAAUACAUUGACUGCCCAACCACAAUGAGGUCAAACUAUUAUACCAUGAACCUGCUUGCAGAGUUCUGGGCUUCCUGUCUCCUCCCUUGUCAUAUCAGAGUAAGACAGAAUGAGAGACAGAGAAAGAGAGGAACUAGGGUAAAGUGUUGUGGCUUAUAUUUCCUGUUUUGUUUUGUUUUUUGGUUUUUUUCAACAGAGCAGCAAAGUGAAGCCGUCCGAAUGAAAAUGACAGUUGCAGCAUGUUAGUACUUGAUAGCUAAACGGGCAUCUUCUCGUUUGUGCCUCAGCAAGUGAAGAGCCAGGCUUCUCGGAUCUUGUCGAGUUCACUCAGGCCCACCAUGGAAAAGCAAAGUAGGUGAAGCCUCCGCAGUUCACGGAAACCUUCCUCCACAUUGGUCAAACCCAGAAAUCAAGACUCCAAGAAAGAGGAAGGUGACUCUCAAGUGUAUUUGGAAAGUGUUCUGCACUUCCGCGUCUUGUGCCAUCAGUAUGAUAAAAGAGAUUUUCAAAUCCCAUGGCGGGCGUGGCCCCAGGCAUGAAAGUUAUGAAGAAAAAUAUGAACGCCGGCAAGAAAAGCGAGAAAACCUGUGCAGGAGGAGGAACAGGACCACAUGCCGUCUCAUGGAUAAACGCCAGAGCAAAGAGGUCAAGGAGCUACUUCAAAGAUGCCGAGAAAAAGUGAUCCUCAGAAGAAGAAAUUUAAUAAUGGAAGGGCCAGGAAGGAAGGAAGUGCAUUUGACUCCUAACACAGACAUUUCCCUGGUUCCUGAGAAGAGACCUGGAGAUUUGUGGGAGAGAUCAGCAUAUCUGAGAUCAUUGCCUGCUAACCAGGAGUCUUGGGAUAACUGUACCUCUCAGCUUCAUACCAAAUCUGUGCAGCAUAGCUUCACUGACACUUUUGCACAUGGCAACUUGAACUCCUCUCCUGAAAACAUGUUCACUGUGAAAGUUUACACAACCUGUAAAGGUACCCAAACCACAGAUGAGUCGAGUACAGUAAAGAAAAGCUCAGGCCAACAGACAGAUUGUGGAACAGCAGUUUUAGAUAAGGAGAUUAUUCAACUUUCUAACUACCUCAAGGAGGCACUUCAUCGGGAGCUACUGCUGAAGCAGAAGAUGGCCAUCUUACAGGAACUUCUUGCCACGUUGCUGCAAGCGGCAGAAAAGUCUUGGAAGAGUCAGCUAAAUGAAGACAAACUCAAGUGCAGGCUGGGUGCCCUGGAGAAUCAAUUGCAGACUUGCACCCAGAGUCACUCAAAGCGGAGCUUAAAGAGGAUUCUGCUGGAGAUGGAAGAUCAAAAGCAGAACUAUGAGCUGAAAGCGAAAGAGUCUCUUCAGAAACUCCUUGAGGAGAAACUGCAGGUGGAAGGGCAACUCCAGAAUGCCCAGAGAGCCCUAGCUGUUGCAGAAAAAGAUUGUGCCCUCUGGAAAGAACACUACAACACAUUAAACGAAGACUGGAGCCAGCUGGCUGACAAGCACAUUGAACUGGAAAACAAUCUUCAUGUCCUGGAGAACAAACUUCAGUGGUCCGACAACCAGAACUUUCAGCUGCACCAAGCCCUGCAGAGCUCUGAGACUGAACGUGCCCAGCUCUAUUCCAGAAUUAACAAUCUGCAAGAAGACUACAAGGUCACAAUUGAGUGUCUCAGUGUAGUGGAAGGCAAGCUGCGAAGUGAAGAAAGAGAUAAGCUACAGCUGGAGGCAACAAUUAAACAUUUGCACACUAGCAGGUCUGGACUCAGCUCAGCCAGAACCAAACAGUCCAAAGACCAUGAAGGGGAGAUAGAAAGCAGCCUGGAGGACCAGCUGCAAAAGAGGACAUCCCAGCUUGCAGCUAAGGAAAAAGAGUGCAGAGAUCUCCGUUGUGAGCUAGAGGUUCUGAGUGACGAGUACCGCCGCUGCCUUGCCAAGUUACAGCAGUGCCGAGAUGAGAUCAAUCACCCUCAGAGCAAAAAGACCCAAAGAUGGCAGGAUCACUGGAUUCCUCUCCUACUGGUAGUGAUGGCCACAGCUGUAGUAUCCUACUUAUUAAAUUUUGUACCCUGAGUACACUCUACCUUUAGUUUUGCUUAUGUUACUGUUUUUGUAUUUGGGCAUUCUGAGUUGUCUACAGAGAGUGACUAUUUUUGUAUCAAACAUCUUUUUAAUAUCUUACAGAAUUUUGAACUUUGCUGUCUCCUAAAGGCGUUUGUUGGACUGUUUGGCUUUGUAUGUUGCUUCAUUUGGCUGUUGUAUUAUUAAAA